CCGGGGGGGUUGAAAAUAAAACACCCACACCCAGCAUAUGUCAUUGAGACUGCCCAGGGCUCACAAAGCUACAAGCUACAUGGGAUAAAACUAAGGAAAAAGCGGGAUAGAGGAUAGAUAGUAUGAAUAUCAUUCACACGUGGGAUCGUUACGGUGAGGUACAACACAGAUACCACCAUGCAAUGCCACCACUAAUUAUGAAAAGAAAAUGUGUGUGUGGGUGUGUGAGAAAGCUGUACAUUCCAUUCCCAAUGCACUAUAUGCCCAAAAGGAUAUGAUUAUUACUUAGGGAAUAAAAUCCAAAGUAAGCACGCGAGCAAGCAAUAUGCUUCAAACGACAAAAGAGGCAUAAUAAGAGAAAACGCCAGGGUAUGGAUGCAUUGAGCUGACACGAGAUAGGGAAAAAAAAUACACGAUUAAAUGAAAAACCAGGAAGACGGAAGUCAUCGUCAUCCACGACAUGACAACAUUUCGAUCAGUGAUUAGCAAGACAUUAUUACAAUAAUAAUACAGGCGCAAAAUAGGGGGAAAAAAAAGACAUUACAGAGUGGUGUGAAUUAAAAGGCUGGUAAGACAGAAAUAUGAAAAGAGCAAAAAGAAAAAGAAAAAAGAGAGAGAAAAGAAAAAAAGAACAGAGACUAAAGAAGGCCAAGGGAAGGGGUAGAGAUAGGUGAGAACUGGGGUAUAGUAGGGUUGGUUAGGGUGGUGCGUGACGGGGUGAAUGAGGUAAGAAGAAGGGGAAAUGAGCUUCAUGCCGAACUGGCAAGCCGGAAAACACCUCGAGAGCAGAGCAAGGGGAAAGAGAAGAUGAAAAAGAUAGAAUCGUCAAGAUUCAAAGUGGAGAAGCGUCGGCGGGAAAGCGUGGGUGAGAGAAAGGUCAAAAAAUGUACUGUCAAAAUACCCCCCAUCAAGCCAUGCCUUAGUAGGGCAGCUGCCCAUGCACAACUGGUGAUUUGUCAAUGAUUGAUGUCGCACAGGCUGAGGGGAACUCGACGUGUGGGAGAGUGCCAGUGCAGGGACCCUCUGAGUUGUCUGAAGAUUAUCCUGAAGCAAACGCAUAACUGGCAAAAGGGGCUGCAGACAGGGUUCGUCACAAAGGCGGCAAGACAGGCGGGAAUGGAAUGGGGUGGGAGGAGGCGAAGGUCCACGGAGAUUGGGGCAGCAUGCAGAUUUCGUCGAUUGGUCGAAGCAAGCAAGUUAUGCGAGUAAGCAUGCAUAUAAACUGCCGAAGGAUUGGCGGAGCGACGCAUGCUGGCGAUGUGGAGCCUCCGAUUGAUAUGACGCUCUCCAUCUCUCCGCAUCCCUCCGUCAAUAGGAGACUGCAAAAAGCUAAAGCUUGCAUUAUCAUAAUUACCGCCAACUGGCCGGCGGAGUUAAAGCCCCUCUUUUACGGUUGCCCCGCCGCCCCAAGUGACGACACAUAGAGUUCGCUUGAGGAAUCCAUGUCGCGCGCGAGGUCUCGACUACCAAAGAACCGAUGAGAUUCCAGGAUAUGCAGUGUGAAGAUCGGGAAUGCAUAUAAAGCAUUGCAGUCAGCAUGGAUAUUGUGGCAGGGGACGCUAUGCAUGUUGGUAAUAGUGUCUGCGGGGAGAGGGGCAAUGGGCGGGUUGUCCGGGUAUGGCGUCGUUAUGAAUAAGCGACCUGGCUCAAGGGCUUGCUCAAAGAAUCGUCGUUAAAAGGAUUGGCAAACAAAGGAUUCCAGGUGUCAGAUGACUUGAGGAAGCCGAAGCUACGACUGCUAGCAGGCCUUGGGUGGCCAGGGGCUUGACGGGUUCAGGGGUACCCGGAACAACGUCGUGCAGAAUGCCCAGACAGAGUCGCAGGUAGAGCCGGAUAUUGCUCCCAAAAAAAGAUUUGCGGCUUGCCAGUCCACGUGGAUUUAACUACCCCGGAGCAACGAAGAUCAAAGCGCACUAGAGGGAAAAACUCGAGACCAUUGAGAAAAGAGCAAUGUGUCAUAACUCGUAUUUAGCUGAACCUUGAGGCGGUGAGUGAAAUCGUAUUUCAUGGCGACAGGGUUAAUUGGCGUUUUUUCCCAUUCCAUAAUAUUUUCCUCUCUCUCUCUUUGGGAUUAGGCGAAAUCCGCUGACAGGGAAGAGCGCAAGGUUUUGCUGACUGAUUUAGGCAUCGGGUCUCGGGUAAGCAGCAGUAGUGGUUAGCAGUAGUGGUUAGCAGUAUCGCAUUAGAGCAGUCGUAAGGGAUCCGGCGAGCUCGAAUGUUAUGUAUGACGUGACGUGGGGCGGUUAAAGGAAUGCCGAGAAAAUGGCGAAGAAGAAAAAAAAAUUUGAAAAAUUGAAAAAUUGAAAAAUUAAAAAUUGAAAAGACGACAAAAAAGUAAGCAUGCAAGCAGAGAAAGGGAUUUCUUGGCCCGACGCAGGAGGGCGUUGGAGAAAGCCAACGAAUUGAAAUAGAGGUGUUCUCAGGAUCCAUAUCGAUGAUACAAGACACAACUGACAGCCAGCUGCCUAUUAUGGCCUGUUGUUAUACAUGAGGGUUCGGAGGGCGGUCAAGAGGCCCAGGGGUGGGAGAAGAAGAGGAAGGUCAAGAGUUCGAAGACGAUUAGAAAGACUUUGAGGAGAAUCAAUAAUCAACCACGCAAACACCACCCCAUAGUGACGCUCUUAUUUAGGUACCGGUGGAAGAGGGCCCUUGGGAGGAGGGCCGGGGCAAGGAGGAUAUUGGCUCGCGGAGGGAGUAUAGGAAGAAGGCAUUGUGAGAGUCGGAGGCUGUUGUUCCUGAGAAAAAGUUGGGCAAAGUUCGAGGAGACCGGAUAUAUAUGGUUUGUGUGUUUGUGUGCACUAUCUGGAAGAAGACUUGACGUGGAGAUAUCAAGCUUGGAAUUGUAGAGGAGCAGGGAGUAGGGUUAACUAUUUAUAUAUCGAAUUAGUUAAUGAGAGUGGGAGGAAUUGUGGAAUUCUUUGGAGGAGAAUAUAAUAACGGGUUGAAUGUAUUUGAUAGAGGAGGCUUAAAGUCGAGGGGAGGGAGAACAGGAAGAAACGAGAUAUUUAAAUAUGUUGAGAAAAAGGGAAAAUUAAUCAAGACAUAAUUAAUGCAAAUGUCAGACAAGAACGAGGUACCCGGUAUUUUAUAUUGCUUUUUCUUUUUCUUUUCUUCCCAGUUUUCUUCAAAAUUUCCUCCGCUUUCAUUUGACCUUAUCCGCAUAAUAAUAAUAACACACCCCCCGGGGACUAAAAUAAGGCAAACUGAUGCCUAUUCUUCUUCUUGCCUGCGCCGGAGAUAACCAUUAUUUAUUAUUUUUAUUAUUAUGAUCUGUGUGUGCGCGAUGUCCUGUACUUUUGUUGCUUAUUUUCUGCAUCUCAAGGAUAAAUUACAGCUUCUGUGUGCGUAAUGGUGUUUUUUUUUUGUUUCUUUUUGUCUCCUCGCGUUCUUCAAAUAAUAAGUAGUUAACUAACUACGGAUGGGGAUCCACCUGUCCUGCUUCUUCUUUUUUCCUUUUUUGCCCUUUGUUCUCGGUUAUGGCGCAUUAUUCCCACUCACUCAGGUAUUAUCUUUUUGUUUGGGAAUUGGAGAUGAUGGAAAUAUAAUCAUAUCAACUGCUAACACACGAUUAUGAAUUAUUAUAAUUUUGAAGCUGAGCUGUAUGCGAGAAACCUGCAUUCCCUGCCAGUGUAACCCCAAGAGCCCUGUGCAGUACAUUCAUAGAUCAAUUCAGUUCUUACAUAGAUGCAGCGAUACACACAUUUUCGCCACACGUAAUAAACCUGCAUAUUGAAUGAUGAAAGCCAAACGAUGGUUCAGUUAAUCAUCGUAUGUAUCCCCGAGUCUGUCGUCGGCUAUUAUAUCCAUCCAGCUUCUUAAAUUAGCUCGUUGAAUGUUCAACUGUUUCAGCAGGAUUAUUUCUCUUCUUUCCCCACAGCCACCAUACGAGUGUGAAAAGUGAAUCGUUCAUUUUCUGACAAUCGCGGUCAUCUCUAACAUUUCAGCAAGUGUGGAAGAAAUUCCAUGCAUCAAGAUAAUCAUAAUAUAUUGGUGCUUUCGUGUAAAAUAAUCCAGACAUCCCUCCCGUGCAUGGAAUUUGAUGUUUGCAGGGCACACAUUC